UUAAAAAAAAAAGGGAUUUUUAUUUUUCAAUUUCAAUUUUCACGUUUCAGCUUGUUUUGCGUUUCGCUUCCAGCUUCCUUGAUCAGCAAUUCCAAAAGAGGCUAAUUUAAUUCUGGUUAGUUCAACUGCUUCAAUGCCUUCUGCAACGUCACCCCGGUGGCAAGAGAAGGCUAGUGGUUUCUUUUCUACCUCAGGGGUGAAGCUUAAAGAGGCUGGACAAUCUGCUGGAACAUUUGUUGAAGAGGUCACUAAAGAUGCAAAAGUUCACGUAACUGAUAUGGCAGAACGUGUAGGGUCAAUGUUCAAAAGUCGGCGGGCACUUCUUCAGCAACCAUCGACAAGACAUGCUGUGCAGGAACGCCUUAUAACUGCUGCUGCUACGACCGGGACAUUGUUUAGGAAGGGCUUAUCAGAGACAAAAGACAAGGUUUCUGUUGGGAAGAUAAAAGUUGAAGGGGGUGUUGCAAGCACUGAUGUUUUUGGAGUUCCAAUUAAAGUUACUGUGCAACGGCAACAAUCUAGCAGGGCCAUUCCUCAUAUUUUCAGAUUCAAAUGCAUCAUUACCAGAGGGAAUAAAUCCAAUUGACGUAGCACCCUUCCCGAGCCACUAACCACAUUUGAGCUUUAUAAUGAGAUCAAAGGCGCUCGUUCCAGCAUACAUGCGAUGAGAAACAUGCUGAGGAGGCUUCCAACUGUAAACUACACGACCCUAGAAUUUAUUACUGCACUACUGCUCCGCGUUAGCCAGAAGUCGGUUCUUAACAA